UGUAGGGUCGAUCUCAAGGCAAGUCCACAUGAGUUUGUUUAGCGUGUCUUGAGGAACUCGGUGCUAGAGUGUGGUUAUGGUCGUACUCUGUUGGACAUGUGGUCAUUUUGGCUAAAUUAUACCGGGAAAAUGUUACUUUUCACUUUACUCCUCGCAACAGUGGUCCUUGAAUGUAAUGGCCAGGACACGUUUUACUUCAGCACCAAGCCCCGGGACUUGGAUGUAGUGGAAGAGACAGAGGUGAAAUUAAUGUGUGACGUGUCCAAUCGGCGACACAUAAUCUUUCAGUGGAUAGAAAAUGGCAAACAGAUUGAAAACACUACGAGACGAUUCCAAGAAGAUAGUAAUAUGCGGAUUUUACGUGUAUCCCGAGAUGAGGACAUUGGCCCCUUUCAGUGCAUAGCGACUAACGUGACUACGGGAUUCUCGCUUCAGAGCCUGGAGGCACACCUCAAUAUUCAAUGGAUUGCGGAGACAGCAGUGGUGGAGCUGAAGCGCCCAAAGAAGGAAGAACUGGCCCUUGGCGUGGACAUCAUUUUGAAGUGUGUUAUCACAGGCAACCCAGAACCUUCCAUUCUCUGGUACCACAACAAGUUCAGGUUAUUCAAUACUGAGAGGGUGAAAAUUCUAGAUGGAGGAAGUAGAUUGAAAAUUGCCAAUAUUUCUUCUGCCGAAAAUGGGAUCUACUCCUGUCGAGCUGAGAACGUAGCAGGAGCGGUGGACAGUUCCACUAACUUCCUACUCAAUGUUCAAGCUCCCAAUACCCCGCAUUUAUUGGAGAAUCGAUUCACGGCGUAUAAACUGGUCCUGAAGAACAGCCCCGCCCGCCUGGACUGCGCAUUCCGUGGGGCAAGCCGCAUUGAUUGGUUCUCCAACUAUGAAAAGCUGUCUAACACAUCAAGGCACAAGGUUUACAACAAUGGGUCUCUGUAUUUUCCUAAAGUGCGGGCAGCAGAUGAAGGCAGCUACCGCUGUGAAGGCCUCAGUGACAAGGAGCCCGCCCAGACCUUCACGUCCGAACUGGUACUUGUGUCCCUGGGAGAAAUUACAUCGGAGACUUUCGAGCCUCGUCUGAGGGCUAAUUAUCCGGUUGUUGUACCUGUCCACGAGAAGUUUGAGGUCAAAGUCUUCCCGCCAGAAGGAAAACCGAAGCCAUCAUUUCGGUUCUUGGACCGAAAUGAUCUGGUGGUUGCUUCAGCUGGACCAAUACACGUGGACGGCAACAAACUGGUGUUCGAGAAGCCGCAGGAGAUUGACUCGGGCAACUACACCUUCAUCAUCAACAACACUGCAGGAGAGAAGAAGAAGAGCGUCUGGAUCAUGAUAUCAGUGCCGCCAUUCGUCAGUCGUUCCCCCCAGCCGAAGGAAGUGGAGGAGGACGAGGGGGUGGACUUCAACUGUCAGGUGGUCGGAACCCCCUACCCCGUGACCACCAUCACCUGGCUCAAGGACAACAGCCCCAUACAUGUGGGUUCUCCACGGCACAGAAUGAAUCAGCAGUCAGGUGACCUUCGUAUGUCCAAGGUCAUUCUGGAAGAUGCAGGAGACUACGCAUGUGUGGCAACAACUGAAGGUCAUCCCAUCAUUGUGUCCAGCCGAGCCUAUCUCAAGGUCAAAAGGAAGCUGAAGUUCAGCCCUCGGCCCCAGAACACGUUCCUGGAGCUGCACGGCUAUGGGAAGGUGGAGUGUCACGCAGAAGCCGAGACCAGACCUGCCGUCACGUGGGUGAAGCAUGGACCCACAAAUCUGGACUCGCUGGAUCACGUGUACCAGGAACGCGGAACGCUUUUCUUCCGUAACGUCCAGAUGACUGAUGCUGGAUACUACACGUGUCACGCCACGUCAGGCCAGGUGUUCAUAAACACUACCAUCUUCAUCAAGGUUGUUGAGCGGCCCAAGUUCGCAAUCCGCCCGGAAAACACGACAGCCUUUGAAGGCCACUCUGUGAUGAUCCACUGUCUGACUGUGGGCAACCCCAAACCUAUGGUGGUCUGGGAGCGUAAUGGGGAUCUCAUCCCCCUCGAGUCCCCACGAUACAAGGUGUUCCCGAACGGCACCAUCCUGAUAGAGAAGGUAUUGAUGGAGGACAAGGGCAAGUACGGCUGUGCCGCCAACAACACAGCGGGUGUGGUCCGCGCUGAAGUCUACCUCCGAAUCACAGAUGAGGUGGAGAGUUUCAACAUGAUGAAGACCAUCAUUAUCGCAGUGUGCAUCGCGGGUGCGUACCUGGCGCUGGUCAUCUCGCUCACGGCGUUCUGCAGUUACCGCCUGCUGCUUCAAAGGAAGAAGAGGAAGGGGCUCAUGAAGGCAGAGAAUGGCGAUAUCAACCGUGAACAGCAUGAAUUACUGAUGAAGGAUCGAGACUCGGGGACCCAGUUUCGCAGCGACAGUGACAAUCGUUCACACGUCUCCGGCAUGAGCUCACACCAGUCACAUUCAUCCCAGUCCCAGCAGUCACGGAGCAGACGGUCAAGCUUUGACCGCUAUCACUUCCCACGCCAGGAUCUACAAACUCUCGGCAUGAUAGGGAAAGGACAGUACGGCGAUGUGUUUCUGGCCAAGGCACGAGGUAUUCGACAAACUGAGAUAGAAACACUUGUAGUGGUCAAAUCUUUAUUGAUGAAAGACGAACACACUUUUUUCAACUUUCGGCAAGAAAUGGACAUGUAUAGCAAACUUGACCACCCGAAUAUUGUGCGUCUGCUUGGCGUUUGCCGGGAUAUGGAGCCUCAGUUUCUCAUCACAGAAUAUUGUGACUGGGGCGACCUGAAACAGUUUCUCCUGGCUACAAGAAGUGACAAUGGCCGGCGCGUUGCACGGGUCCCGUAUCUCACCACCCAACAGAAAGUGAGAAUGUGUCACCAGGUGGCGCUAGGAAUGGAACACCUGACAAAUCAACGAUUUGUCAACAAGGACCUUGCAUGUCGAAACAUUCUCCUCACUUCUCGGCUAGACCUGAAGAUCUCUAAUUUAUCCUUGUGUUUGGAUGUGUACGGAAAUGAAUACUGCCCUCAUAACGGAGUUCUCAUACCCUUGCGGUGGCUGCCCCCAGAGGCAGUGCACGAGGAGGAAUACACCUCAAAGACUGAUGUGUGGUCCUUUGGUGUUCUUUUGUGGGAGGUGUUUCACUUAGCCGAUCUUCCGUACAGACUGAAGAGUGACCAAGAGAUUCUCAAGGAGUUGAAAGGGGGAGAGAUGUCGCUAGAAUUUUCAGAACAGUGUCCACUUGAGAUUGCAGACAUUGCAAGAAAGUGCAUGACAGAACUGCCACAAGACAGACCAUCAUUCAGUGACCUUUGCAUAUCCAUCAGACUACUUGACAGUUCCUUCUGACUAGCACCAGGGAGUGGAGGUGGACCAUCGCCAGGGGACCGCAACAGUCUUCAGCCAGACCUGGGGGAGUACAUGCUUCCCUCCGCGGCGAGCGACCCCCACCGGAACAGGUCGGAUCUGCUCCCAGAGGAGUCCGAUCCGCAGCUCGGUCUCUACUCCCAAUCAGAAUACUCGUCAGAUUCUCAGUCGUCACGAGCGUUGGACAGAGAGGCGAAAGGCAAAAUGGAUCCACUGCCUCGGUUGGUGGUUCAGCUGCCUCCAUCACAGACUGACUCGGUCUGAUCCACCAUGUUAGACCCGAAGCUGUGACAAUCAGACUCUGAUCGAGACGAUUACAGUACAUUCAGACAGUAAAUCUGUGAUUAUGUGGGGCUAAAGUAUUUAUUCUGACGUUUUUGAUGUGAUGGAGAGUAGUUGACAUCAACUCAUAGAACAGGGGUCUGGUGGAACCAGCCCAAAGAUGGACUUGAAGGUCAUGUGACUGUGUUCAUGUCAGGUGAUCUGUCAUGUGACUGUGAUGUGUGAUAUAUAAAUAGCUCCUUGUGACUGUCACCACAGUGACUGAGUGUGAAGUAUUGACGAUGUGACAAUUUUCAACAAUCAGACUUCAAUCCAGUAAUGACAAUCUUUAUUAUGUUUACAUUUUGUUUGCCUUUUGUCAUGAAAGAAACAAAGUAUUAAUGAUUCUUGAAUGAAUUUGUUUACAAUUUUACAAAUGUUGACAGAAUGCAAAAUGAAUUUGAAAGGGUAAAUUACUUGCUCCAUGUGAGUAUUGCAGUGCUUAAAAAGUAAUAUAUUUGUAUGAGGCACUGUGAGUUGGAGGAGCCCUGGCUCUGUACCACAGUGUCCUGGCUUGUCUGUGCUACAGUGCUGGUGUCUGGAGCAACUCCAGUUGUAGAUAUUGAAGCAGACGUCGCUCCAGACGGCCAGCAGAUGUCAGUCCUUGUUCCAGUCAUGUUUAGGUGUAUAAAAUCAUUGUAGAUUGAACUAUUCCUGUGAAGGACUGCUCGAAUGUUCUUCAAAAUAAUAUGGCUUAGAUAUUCGACAUCAUUUCUUGACUAGUUAUGUGAGUGUAUGUUUUUUUGUUCAGAUUACAUGGUGCUGACUACCUUUUCCUUAUUUCCCGGAACCUUUUUGCUUUGUUACUAUGACAACUGUAGGAUUUUCUGGGUAACUCAGAUGUUUCAAGUGCGGAAAUAUAGAUAUUUCAUAUCUUGGUGUUAUUGCAAUUUUUAAAAUUUCAUGUAAAUCAUGAUAAGAAUAAUACAUUUGCUUUUGCAAAGUCACAUCCGGCAUAAUAUGUUGUUAAUUAAUUAAUAAUUAAUAAUAAUAAUAAUUGUAGCAUAAUGCGGUACACAUUGUCUCAUAUUUUCUCAUGAUCAUGUGACUGACUUGCACACUAUAUAUUGUGUUAUGUCUGCUUAUAUGGUAAACUAGCACCUUUGAUGUUUGGAUCAAAGUCGAAGACUCCAUUGUUGUCUGAUCAGGUCUUAUUUUAGCUCAAACCAGUGCUCAUAGUUGGGAGGGACUAGUGUCCACGUCAUGCAUAAUAUCAACAUAUCCCAUCCUCUCAUAGAGUGUACAUAAACAUCAUGUGAUCAUGUCAUGUGACCAAAGUUGAGUGUACGUUCUCUUAGUGCCAAAUGAACACCGUGUAGACUGAAGGAACCGGUAGUGGGACACUAGUUGACACAAUGUACGUGCCUUUAUUCAAACACUUCCCCCAAUAUGCCACUACCCACUGAAAUCCACAGUACACACCAGUAUGGCAACACUAUACACCGUGUUAGAUUUUAGAUGUUUUUGAAAUGUCUUGUAAAUUUUGUCUGAGAAGAAAUAUCUGUGUUCCAUGUCGCUGCAUGUACUUGCUUUUAGUUGUAAAUGUUGUCAGUUAAGUGCAACAUUUCACGAUUUUAUGGAAUGUAUACAAUGUAUAUGUUCAAGGAUAUAUCAAAUUAAGUCUGGACAUCGCUGCCAUGUCGAGUGUCAUGUUAGGACCAAGUUUACUUCUCGUGUCGUGGAUUCGAGUUGUAGCCUGUCUCAUGGACCCCCAUUGAUGUCUUGGAUACAGUGUUGGAAGUGAGCUGUGAUGUAGUGGUAGUAGAUCUGCUCGUACAGUCCGAAUGUCGUCGGCUGGAGAUCAAGUCUUUCAGUAGCAAUAUGCCUUCGAAGGCCACCAGGGAAACAAUGGCAGUUUCGUGCAAGCCAAUCUUGGUUUCAAACGUUGGUUAGGGAACGAUCAUUUAUUACUGCAGGGUGUCAGCAAAUUUCCGAUGCACAAACAUACAUAAAAUAAUGACCCUCCCCUAAUGCUUGUCAUAUUAUGGAUGACAUUCCCCAUGUCCUUGCACAAUUUUUUCAUGACCUUCCCUGAAAAGACAAAAAAGCACUGUAUACUUUAUUUUAAACUGGCCAUGUUUUCAGGACCUUCCCUGAAUAUGUGUAUUAUUUUUUAUGCCUCUCCCAAUUGCCUCUGACCUAACCACCCAAUAGUAAAUGACCGGUCCCUUAGGAUUAGGGAUUUUUGUUCAUGACAGAGCCAUGUAAUGCUGAUGAACACAUCACUGCUACACAAGUAACAGUGUUGUUUAAUAUGGAGCUUGAGGUUGAAAACUUCAUGGUUUUCAGACUGUGAAAAAUAUACCUAGUGAGUGAGUCAUGAACAAUGAUUACCAUAAUUGGGUUGGAGAGCAGGUUGCCUGAAACACACAAUUAUAAUGAGGCUUUAUUUACCUGUUUGCCUUUCACAACUGUAGGUCUUUUUCACAUGAACCAGAGUACCUGUCUGCUUGCACCGAUUGCUUUGAAAUAGUCCUAUUUUCAGCUAUUUAUGCCUUGCUGUUUUAGCUGUGUGUAUAUCAUCUGAUUUACAUGCUUCUGGUCUUCAAGACUUAUGCCACUUCCAGUGUUCUAUGACACCUCUCAAAGUCCAUGUUCUAUAACACCUCUCGAAGUCCGUGUUCUAUAACACCUUUCGAAGUCCGUGUUCUAUAUCACCUCUCAAAGUCCGUGUUCUAUAACACCUCUCGAAGUCCGUGUUCUAUAACACCUCUCGAAGUCCGUGUUCUAUAACACCUCUCAAAGUCUGUGUUCUAUGACACCUCUCGAAGUCUGUGUACUAUAACACCUCUCGAAGUCCGUGUUCUAUAACACCUCUCAAAGUCUGUGUUCUAUAACACCUCUCGAAGUCCGUGUUCUAUGACACCUCUCGAAGUCGGUGUUCUAUGACACCUCUCGAAGUCCAUGUUCAAUGACACCUCUCGAAGUCAUGCUUAGAUCCCAGUCUACUAUUGUCCACUGGAUUCAUUGACCUAAGUGUCUGUGUCUGGCCUUUGCAUGGACGUUUCCUCAACAAGGAAUUUGAUAUCUCUCUGAAGAGUCGCAACUUGCGUAAACAUUUCCCAAUCCGUUCCCACUACGUAUUCUACAGUAUGCUUGAUUCAAAAUUCAACACAACCUAUUUAGUAUUUGUCCAACAGACAUUGUUGUACCAUUGAGGUUUCUCAUACGAGCUUUGCACCUUUCUGUUGCCCCAGCUUGCACUGUAAGUGUUGAAUGACUGUGUCUGAGGCUACGAUCUUCACCAUCAGAUGAUGGCACUGACAGUUAGCUGUGUAUAUAUUGCCUUAUUAUUUGAAAUAAACCUGAUAUCACUAAA